AAAUCUUUAUCCACUGACUGGGUUCCUUCACUAUUAGAAAAGCUGUUCAGCCCCAUCAUUCCAGAGGGACAAUCGCCUUUGCCUUGUGUGUGAUCCCCAUGUUUUCUGCCCGUGUCAUUCAGGGCUCAUGGGUACGCUCCGAGAUCUUCAGUUCGCGCUGCAGUUGAAGAUAGAGGAGUUAAGGCAGAGAGAUGCUCUUAUCGACGAGCUGGAGCUUGAACUGGACGCUAAAGACGAUCUCAUACGCCGCCUGCAGGGGGAGCUCGACCGUCUGCGGCUCACUGUCAACACCGUCUCGGCAUCUCCUGCAGGUCAACAGCGUACUUCUUCUCUGAGAGGGAGGAGACAAACCCUGGUAACAGAGCCCAUUAAUGUGGAGCCAGAACUUCUUACAAAAAUCUUACAAAACCCUCCAAUCAGCUACAGCAAGAGUCAAGAGUCACAGAGGCUGAUAGAGGCAGCUUUAGCAGAGAGUGAGUGCAUGAAAUAUCUAGACAGGGAUCAGAUGCUGAGUCUGGUGGAUUCUGCCUAUCCUACAACAUUUAAAGAGGGUGUUUGUGUUAUUCAGGAAGGUGAUGGUGGAUCCCAGGCUUAUAUAGUUGAAGAGGGAAAGCUGGAGGUAUCCAGGGCUGGACAGAGGCUGCACAUCAUUGAGCCAGGGGUGAUGUUUGAAGAACUUGCUCUCAUUCAUAACCACACCUGCUCCACUACUGUCACAGCUCUUGUGAACAGCAGGUUAUGGGUGAUCGAGGGUCAGGUGUUUCAGAAAGCCAUGCUGAGGAACAGUCUGAUCGCAGUCACUCAGUUCCUGCACUUCCUGUGCAGUGUUCCACUGCUCUCUACAUUACCAGAGAAUAUUCUCAUGAAAGUGUCUGAUGCACUGGAAGAGUCUCACUACGGUGAAGGUGAUUAUAUAAUUCGAAAUGGCAUUCCGGGAGAUACAAUCUUCAUUGUGAGUCAAGGCCAGGUGACAGUAUUAGAGAAACAAGCUGCCUUUGAAGAGAGUGUGUUUGUGUCUGUCCUUACCAGAGGAGACUGUUUUGGGGAGAGAGCUUUAAAAGGGGAGGACAUGAGGUCGAUGAGUGUGGUCGCUGCAAGCGAUGUGACAUGUCUGGUCAUAGACAAAGAGUUUUUCAAAAAAGUAUCUGGAAGCUUGGACGAGGUUAGAAAACAUCAGAGCAACAAGCUUAGACCAAAGGCAGAGGAAGACGAGACUGCAUUUGGUGAAAUGUCUCUUAGCAGUUUUCUGGUGUUGCGUAAUCUGGGGGAAGGUCAGUACGGUCACACUCAACUGGUCCAUUUGAAGGGUGACCCCAGUUGCAAGUUUGCAUUAAAGACAAUAAGAAAGCAGGCGAUAAAAAGCCCAGGCCAAAGAGAGAGAAUCCUUGCAGAGAAACACAUUGUGAUGGAUCUCCAAAGUCCAUUCAUAAUAAGGUUGCACUGUACUUUUAAAGAUGCUAGAUGCCUUUACAUGUUGAUGGAGGCUUGUGAAGGUGGAGAUCUGUGGAAUUUAGUGAAGGAGAGGGGUUCACUGGAAGAAGAUGCUGUUCGUUUCUACACAGCAUGUGUGCUAGAAGCUGUUGGUGUUUUACACAGCAAAGGCAUUAUUCACAGAGACCUCAAACCAGAGAAUGUGCUACUGGACCAGCGAGGAUAUGCUAAACUGACAGGGUUUGGUUCUGCUAAGAAGCUUGGUUCUCUAUGCAGGGCCUGGUCAUUUUGUGGGUCUGAUGGUUAUCAGGCUCCAGAGGUCAUUCUCCAUAAAGGUCACGGCUUGUCAGCAGAUCUCUGGGCUGUAGGGAUAUUGGUGUAUGAGCUGCUUAAUGGCAGUCCUGUGUUCUCUGGCUCAGAGCAGCUGAAGGUUUACACAGCCGUUUUGAAGGGAAUAGAUGAGGUAGAGUUCACCAAAACCAUCAGUAAGACUGCAGCUCAUCUCAUCAACAGCCUCUGCAGACACAACCCCACAGAGAGACUGGGCCAGAAGAACGGGGUCAAGGACAUCUGCAAACACAUGUGGUUUGAAGGGUUUGACUGGGACGGACUUCAGAAGGGCACAGUGACUCCACCAGUGAUACCUAACGUUCCCACUGUUUUAAAUCAUGGAGGAUUGUCUUCCCCAGCAGAAAGCCACAUGGACGCACCUGUGGAUGAUUCAGAUUGGGACAUAGACUUUUGAUUUGUAACAUGGUCUAUUAUAAAUGAUGCACACUGGAAAACAUAUUGGAGUUUAUUUUGCAUAGAAUUUUGUUCAUAAUCAAUCUAUUGAUUGUAAGGUGAGAGUACACAGCUCCUGGACUUAAUAAUCAAUACAUUGCACCUUACAUUAUUCUUUUAUUACAAAUACAUUAUGAUUUAACCAUACACUCACCGAGCACUUUAUUAGUAACACUAUGGUCCCGACAUGGUCUUCUGCUGUUGUAGCCCAUCUCCUCAAGGUUCGAUGUGUUGUGCAAUCUGAGAUGCUAUUAUGCUCACCACAAUUGUACAGAGGGGUUAUCUGAGUUACCGUAGCCUUUCUGUCAGCUCAAACCCAUUUUGCCAUUCUCCGUUGACCUCUCUCAUCAACAAGGUGUUUCUGUACGCAGAACUGCCCCUCACUGGGUGUUUUUUGUUUUUGGCACCAUUCUGAAUAAAUUCUAGAGACUGUUGUGCAUGAAAAUCCCAGGAGAUCAACAGUUACAGAAAUACUCAAACCAGCCCGUCUGGCACCAACAAUCAUGCCAUGGUCUAAAUCACUGAGAUCACAUUUUUUCCCCAUUCUGAUGGUUGAUGUGAACAUUAACUGAAGCUCCUGACCCAUAUCUGCAUGAUUUUAUGCAUUGCACUGCUGCCACAUGAUUGGCUGAUUAGAUAAUCACACGAAUAAGUAGGUGUACAGGUGUUCCUAAGUGUUCGGUGAGUGUAUAUGCACUUGAAAACCUAUCUUGUUUUACCACCAAAAAACAAUCAUAUUAAACAAUGUUUUGAGCAUACCCUAGUGAAAACAUCCAUAAAGAAUGUAAUAAGAAAUUUGUACAGGCAUCUUAUUGGAAUCAUGAUUUGGAACCAAUCCUAAAGAAUACUAAUUGGGAUGUUUAAUUGGGACAAAACUUAGAACACAUAGUUACCAAUGCAAACCUAUGAUUACCAAUAAGAUCAAGUUCCUGUAGUUAGUACAUCAAAAAUAAUUGAAUAUCCUUUAGGUCACAUUGUGAUUUCCUGUUAACUGUUAUCAUUUUGAAAUAAAACUGUAUAUGUAGGGUUCUGUUAAAGAUUGCACAGUAACGCUGACUACCACCUCUGGAGUCGCGAGUUCGAAUCCAGGGCGUGCUGAGUGACAACAGUCAGCCUUCCUAAGCAACCAAAUUGGCCCGGUUGCUAGGGAGGGUAGAGUCACAUGGGGUAACCUCUUUGUGGUCGCUAUAAUGUGGUUCUCGCUCUCGGUGGGACACGUGGUGAGUUGUGCAUGGAUGCCGCGGAGAAUAGCGUGAAGCCUCCACAUGCGCUAGGUCUCCGCGAUAACGCGUUCAACAAGCCACGUGAUAAGAUGCGCGGAUUGACGGUCUCAGACGCGGAGGCAACUGAGAGUCAUCCUCCACCACCUGGAUUGAGGUGAGUCACUACGCCACCAUGAGGACUUAGAGCGCAUUGGGAAUCGGGCAUUCCAUUGCACAAUAUCCAAUAGAAUCACAUAAAAUUCUACAGGAUAAACUGAAAACUUCCAAUACCAUUUUUUUUUUUUUUUUGACCAUGCAGCAUGAUUACUUGAGUCCAUGUUGCUGCACAAAAAAGGACUACAAUUUCAACACUUUGGAACUAUUAACCAGCAAAUGAAAAAUACAGUGGAAGCAUGUUAUUUGAUUUCAGAUGAAGCAAAAGUUUGAUUGUCUCUAUAUACUGUAGAUUCAAAUGUGAUGAUAAUUAAU